AUGCCGACGCUGAGCGAGGAGGAGCAGGAGCUGAUCCAGAAGGACCGCGAGGCCAACCCUGGCUGCUUCUACUCGACGGCGCUGUCGCAGUCCUGCAGGUCCAUCAACGGUGACAGCAAGUGCGAGAUCAUCAAGAAGAUCUUCCGCCAGUGCCCCAACUCGCGCAAGGAGCUCAUCUCGAACCGCAAGGAGAUCACGGAGGACGAGCACGGGGGCGAGGCGGCGGCCGGCGACUUCUUCAACCGCGAGAGGAUGGACCCGCGCAAAGGAGGUGACCACGAGUUUGGCUCAUUCUUUCAGCAACGAGGUGACGACUUCGAAGCCCAGAUGAGUCCAUUCGACUUCCUCAGACAGGAAAUGCUGCGUCCUUUUGAAGACUUUUUUGGUGGAAGUAUGCUCGGUCGUGGGGAUUUCAACCCGUUUGAAGGACUGGAAGGCGAGUUUGAGCGGAUGCCAGUGCGCCCACCGUCGCCGACACCUCAUCGACCAUCGCGACAAACGCCUUCGAAUCCACCGCACUAUUCAUUUCAGCCGUCUCAGGGCCAUGGGUCAAAUGAGGCAGAAGCGAAAGCGCGCGCACAAGGCAAGAGCGACAUGUUUGCCGACUACUCAGGCCGCGUGGAGGAAGUGUAA